CUUCUUCCCCAAAAUGCUUUCUGUAUUUUUUAAACAAUUUCACAUUCACAUUACAUCUUUCCUUUUUUCCUUUUUUUGUCCUGUGUAGAGCCAUAGAAGAGAAGCUAUAAACCCAAAAGCAGAACCACCAACAACCCUUCUCUUCAAGAAACCAGAAGAUUCCCAUUUAUUGUACACAUUGAGAAGGAGGUGGCAAAAGAGAGAACCCCAUUUUCCUUUUUCCCUUUUCUUAUCUCCAACACCAGCUCAAUCGCAACACAGACGCAGAAUAAUCCUCAUUUCUUGAAUACCCAUUUUUUAAAACCUAGCCCUUAUUGAAAAUCCUGAGUCUUUAGGAGAAUCUGGGGCUUCUGAGAGAUAAUGUCAAAACAAAUGUCGCAUCUUGACAACAUUUCUUCGACUUCUGGCAAGUUCAAGAUGGAAAAAUCAGCAUACAGUCACAACAGACCCAGGUGGCACUCCUCCAUUGCAAAGCUCUCGUUUUGGUCCUUUAUCUUCCUGGUUGUGAUCUUGAUAUUCUUCUUUCGAUCUCCGCCUUCCAAUCCCCUUCCUCAAGAUCCCUCUCGCCGCUCCCUCCGAAACUACAAUUGGGGCGGACCCGCUUGGGAGAAGCAGGUACGGUCUUCUGCACGGGUCCGGUCCGGAAACGGUAUUUCGGUGUUGGUUACUGGAGCCGCCGGUUUCGUUGGUACCCACGUGUCGGCAGCUCUGAAAAGACGCGGAGACGGUGUUCUUGGGCUUGACAGUUUCAAUGACUACUAUGACCCUUCAUUGAAGAGAGCUCGCCAAGCGCUUUUGGAACGCACUGGAGUGUUCAUUGUUGAAGGGGAUAUCAACGAUUCGGUUCUUUUGAAGAAACUUUUUGAGGUUGUGCCGUUUACCCAUGUUAUGCAUUUGGCUGCUCAAGCAGGGGUCAGGUAUGCCAUGGAAAAUCCAGGCUCUUAUGUUCAUAGUAACAUUGCCGGACUUGUUAGUUUGCUUGAAGUUUGUAAGUCUGCUAAUCCACAGCCUGCAAUUGUGUGGGCGUCUUCGAGUUCAGUUUACGGGCUUAAUUCAAAAGUUCCUUUCUCGGAGAGAGACAGGACUGAUCAGCCUGCUAGUCUGUAUGCUGCUACUAAGAAGGCUGGUGAAGAGAUUGCACACACCUAUAAUCAUAUAUAUGGACUUUCUCUCACUGGAUUGAGGUUUUUCACUGUCUACGGUCCAUGGGGUAGGCCAGAUAUGGCAUAUUUCUUUUUCACUAGAGAUAUUUUGAAAGGAAAGUCUAUACCCAUUUUUGAGGGAGCUAAUCAUGGCACGGUUGCUAGGGAUUUUACCUACAUUGAUGAUAUUGUGAAGGGAUGCUUGGCAGCAUUGGAUACUGCAGAGAAGAGUACAGGUAGUGGAGGGAAGAAGCGAGGACCUGCUCAACUGAGGGUGUACAAUUUGGGGAAUACUUCACCUGUGCCAGUUACAGAGCUUGUGAACAUCUUGGAGAGGCUUUUGAAGGUGAAAGCAAAGAGGAAUAUCAUGAAGUUGCCUCGUAAUGGAGAUGUUCAGUUCACUCAUGCUAACAUUAGCUUGGCUCAAAGGGAGCUUGGCUAUAAGCCUACCACAGAUCUGCAGACAGGCUUGAAGAAAUUUGUCCGGUGGUACCUCGGUUACUAUUCUGGUGGGAAGACAGCUGCCGGGUGAUGCAAUCUUUCUUAAUUCAUGUUCAUUAUGAUUCUUAUGAUUGCUUUUAACAUUUCCCUGUUCAUUGCCCGAUUAUUGUCCUUUCACAUACAUCUUUAAUGAUGCCACAUAAGGAAGAACACUGUUUCCUACAUUGAGGAAGCUUUGUGGUUUGCCAGGCAGUCCCUGGCUUGUAUCAAAAGAAAACCAGAGCCUUCUUUUUCUCCCUCCCUAUUUUCUUUCACCGGAAUGUAAUUGUUGUAGUUUCAGCAUUUGUAGAAUUCAUGACUGAUAGAGCAUAUGGUGAUUGGUGGACCUGUUCCAUUGUCAUCCAAUUUCAAUAAAAUAGCGCAUGAUGG